UGUUAGAUUUUCUUGCCGGAGACUAUAAGCAGCGGGGAAUUCAGAUAAACCUCCAAAACCCUCAAAAUAGGCUACGAACUGCUUGGAUGUUGAGUGACAGUCAACAGUCACAGAAUCUCCGCAUGUUGCAGUAGAUUCCCGAGUAAAAUACUCAAGUUGUAUACACCAGAAAUGGACAUUGUUGUUUCAUCCAGACCACCACCAUUUAUUUUCUCUUCAACCUCGCUCAGACGAAAACCUCUUGCUUUCACUCCUUAUCAGUUACCCUUAAGGCGCAGACGUGGAAAUGCCCCCAAAAAAAUCAUCUUUAGAAUUCAUUCUUCUGCAAAUCAAGGUGGAGUUGAUGGGUUUUCUUGGCCGAGCUUGGCUGCGUCUUUUCGACAUGGCGUGGAACGGUUCUGGUUGAAACUCCGCGAGUCUGUGAAGAAGGAAACUGGUUUUGACUUGGAGGAGGCUAACGUGAAGGUGGAUAAGUCUAUGCAAGAGUUUGUGAAUUGGAAUCGUUGGGAGCGUUGGAAGAAUGACAGGUUCAAGAAGAGUAUAUGGAGGAAGACAACCCCCAAGGGCCUGAAGUUGAAGAAAUUUGUUGAAGGACCUGAUGGAACACUUAUUCAUGAUAGUUCUUAUGUUGGAGAAAAUGCAUGGGACGAUGAUCCAGAGCCUCUCGAGGAAAAUAUGAAGCAAAUUAUAGAUAAGGAUGCAAAACUAGAUUUUGAAGAAAAGAAGGAACUUGGUGAAGAGUUGGGCAUUUCAGGUUUAUAUGCAUGUAGAUGUCGUUGAUUUGAGCUUUGUAUU